AUGAGUAGAUCAAACCACUUGUCCCAUUUGGCAGUGGCAGUUCGGAACUGUUCGGCAAAAGCGUUAGGAUGUGGCAAUGUUUUUCGUUUUGCGAGCACUCAUUUUGGUUUUCAGGAGGUCGAUGAGGAGGAGAAAGGAAGGAAAGUACAUGCUGUAUUUGCAAAUGUUGCCAACAAGUAUGAUCUGAUGAAUGAUGCUAUGUCAUUGGGUAUUCAUCGGUUGUGGAAGGAUUUUUUCGUCAGAAGUCUGGAACUUUCACCUAAUACUUCAGUAGUGGAUGUUGCAGGUGGUACAGGUGACAUUGCCUUUCGUGCUGUGCGCGAGAUGCAAGCCAGGCAGGGUACUGGUACUGUUACUGUAUGUGAUAUAAACGAAAAUAUGCUGAAAGUAGGUCAAAAGCGUGCGACAUCUGAUCCGUCAGUCUUGAAAGAUCGGCUGAAAUGGGUGUGUGGAGAUGCCGAAUCUCUUCCUUUUGACGCAAAUUCCUUUGAUGUGUAUACGAUAGCUUUUGGAAUAAGAAACUGUACAAACAUUCACAAGGUAUUGAAUGAAGCAUAUCGUGUUCUUCGAACCAAUGGGAAAUUUGCUUGUCUCGAGUUCAGCCAUGUCAAUUCAAUAUUGAAACCAUUUUAUGACUUUUACAGUUUUCAGAUUAUCCCUGUAAUGGGUCAUCUUAUCGCUGGUGAUUUUAACAGCUAUCGCUAUUUGGUAGAGAGCAUACGACAAUUUCCAAAUCAGAAUGAAUACAAACGAAUUAUUGAGGAAGCUGGUUUUCGCGACGUGAAAUAUACCAAUCUGUCAUGUGGAAUUUGUUCCAUCCAUACUGGUGUUAAGAGUGGCAAAAUUCAGUAG